CUCCGGCGGCCCAUUGGCUCGCAGGUCCCACCGGGCGCCUCCGCCCACACGCCCAUUGCGCAAAGCUGGCCAGGCUGAGGCGCUGCUGCCAGAGCGCGGGAUCCGAGACGUGGCUCCCGGGCGGAAGAACCAUGUUGGACUUCGCGAUCUUCGCCGUUACCUUCCUGCUGACGUUGGUGGCAGCGGUGCUCUACCUCUACCCGGCUUCUAGACAAGCUGCAGGAAUCCCGGGGAUUACUCCAACUGAAGAAAAGGACGGUAAUCUUCCAGAUAUUGUGAACAGUGGAAGUUUGCACGAGUUCCUGGUUAAUUUGCAUGAGAGAUAUGGGCCCGUGGUCUCUUUCUGGUUUGGCAGGCGCCUUGUGGUUAGUUUGGGCACUGUUGACGUACUAAAGCAGCAUAUCAACCCCAACAAGACAUCGGACCCUUUUGAAACCAUGCUUAAGUCAUUAUUAAGGUAUCAAUCUAGUGGUGCAAAUGUGAGUGAAAACCACACAAGGAAAAAAUUAUAUGAAAGUGGUGUGACUAAUUCUCUGCAGAGUAAUUUUGCUCUCCUGCUGAAGCUUUCAGAAGAAUUAUUAGAUAAAUGGCUCACCUACCCAGAGUCCCAGCAUGUACCCCUCGGCCAGCAUAUGCUUGGUUUUGCUAUGAAGUCUGUUACACAGAUGGUAAUGGGUAGUACAUUUGAAGAUGAUCAGGAAGUCAUUCACUUCCAGAAGAAUCAUGGCACGGUUUGGUCUGAGAUUGGCAAAGGCUUUUUAGAUGGAUCGCUUGAUAAAAGUACAACUCGGAAAAAACAAUAUGAAGAUGCCCUUAGACAACUGGAAUCUAUUUUAAAGAAAAUCAUAAAAGAACGAAAAGGAGGAAACUUCGGUCAACAUAUUUUCAUUGACUCCUUAGUACAUGGGAACCUUAAUGACCAACAGAUCCUUGAAGACAGUAUGAUAUUUUCUCUGGCCAGUUGUGUAAUAACUGCAAAAUUGUGCACCUGGGCAAUCUGUUUUUUAACCACCUCUGAAGAGGUUCAGAAAAAACUUUAUGAAGAGAUAGACCAAGUUUUUGGAAAGGAUCCUAUUACUCCAGAGAAAAUCGAGCAGCUCAGAUAUUGUCGGCAAGUACUUUGUGAAACUGUUCGGACUGCCAAACUGACCCCAGUUUCUGCCCGGCUUCAAGAUAUUGAAGAAAAGAUUGACAAAUUUAUUAUUCCUAGAGAGACCCUUGUUCUUUAUGCUCUUGGUGUGGUACUUCAGGAUCCCAGUACUUGGCCAUCACCACAUAAAUUUGAUCCAGACCGGUUUGAUGAUGAAUCGAUGAUGAAAACUUUCUCCUUGCUUGGAUUCUCAGGCACACAGGAAUGCCCAGAAUUGAGGUUUGCAUAUAUGGUGACCACAGUACUUCUGAGUGUAUUGGUGAGGAGGCUGCACCUACUUUCCGUGGAGGGACAACUUAUUGAAACCAAGUAUGAACUGGUAACAUCAUCCAAGGAAGAAGCUUGGAUCACUGUCUCAAAGAGAUACUAAAAUUUUAUACAUUUAACUUUCUUGAGGAUAUUGAUGGUUUAAAAAGUCUGUAUUGAAUCCUUUUAUAAAUCAAGUAAUACUAUGGAAUAUAAAUACCUAAAGUACUUCAUUAUGUAAACUUGGGUUUUUGCAUAUCAGACUUUCUUAAUGCAUGAUAUACAUUCAUACUUAUUACAUCAAUAUAAUGAUAAUUUUAACAGGAAGCUCUCUGUUUUAAUUUUUGUUUUAUCAUGUUCUUUUUUUGUUGUAUUUUGCUUUUUGUUUUGUUUUGUUUUAUCACUUUCUAUGCCAUUAUCUUCAUAUUAUUUUUCUUAGUUUGAUCGCUAAUAUUCUUGAAGAGAAACAUUAUUUUCCACACUUUGGGGAAUCAUGUUUUCUGAAUAUUCAUAAAAGGGAAACAUAAUCCUAACUUCUUUUCAUACUUUAAAUCAUUUCAAAGGGGGAAAACAAGGACUUCCCAUAAUUUUAUUUCUUGGGUAAUUUUAUGUCUUGGACUAAUAUUUUUAUUUUCUAAAUAUAAAUUAGCUUAUGUUUAAUCAUCAUUAUUAGGUUGAAUAACCCACCUUGUAUUUGCUUACUUUUAUGCCUCCCAGAUAAUAGUGUUCAUUUCAUGACUUAUACAAGGCUCAUCGUUUUAAAUGGUUCUGAGUCAUUUGGAAAUGACUGAAUGUGUUUUGAAGUGCUCCUUCUAAGUAACAAACUAAGAUUGAGGCUUGUCUUUCCUUCUGUUUUGCUGGAAAUUUUAGUAGCACUAUAUUACUUCAUCAUUUCUCAUUUGUGGGACAAACUGAAUUACUAAUUUGUUACUAUUACAUCAUAUUAUGUCACAUAAUGAACUUAAUGAUUAAGAAACAAGAAAGCACUAACCACAAACCAAAACCAAAUUUUAAAAAAAACACACAUUGCAAAAUAUAUGACAGGGAUAAUAUCCAUAUGAUAUAUAAAUAGUUUGAAUAAAUUGGUAAGAAAACAUAAUAGAUAAAUGGCCAAAAGACAUGAAUAAACAACUUUUAGAAGGGGAAAUAGCUAUUCAACUUUUAGAAAAAAGGGUCAGCCUCACUAGUAAGCAAAGAAAUAUUGGGGCUAUUUAAAAAAUAUUUUUAACUGUCUGAAAAUUUACACUGAGUACUGAUAAGUUUUAUAUUUAAUACUUUUUUAUUGAUAGCACUGUAGUUUAGUCCACUUUUUUUGGUUACAUUGUUCUUGAAAAAAAAAUUUUUUUAAGACAACAACUGGAGGAAAUAUGCCAAGUGCAGAUAGAGAGGAAAGGAAGAAAAAUGAUAACUGUUUGCAAGUGGGUUUAUUUUUGACACUGCUGAAUUCCUCUUGUAAUUUUAGUCUGAAGAUUGUACCCUAGUUAUUGAGGUAUUUUAUGCUGUGUUUAUGGUCAGAUAGCUAACAUUUUAGAACUAGUUAGGAGUGAUUAAGAUAGAAUUUAAGUAAUUAGAUGCAGCUUUUAUUUCUGACAAAAAUAUUUAAUUUAUGGAAUAAUUUAAAUUCUAAAACUGUAAGUGAAAUGUAUUCUUAGUUCCCAGCAUCAUGUUGUUUCCAAAAAGGCACACUGUUAAAUUCCCUCCCAUCAUUUUGUAUGGUUUUGUGUAUAUAGAGCAUCUUCCUUUGUUAUCCAAGUACCUUAAUUGGUUUGGAAACUGGCAAUGGAAAGUUAAGAGUAGGCACUUGAUAUGUAAACCAAGUGUCAGUAAAAUCAGAUGAGAUAAGUGGAAUUUUAAAGCAAGUGAGACCAUGGGGCGCCUGGGUGGCUCAGGUGUUAAGCGACUGCCUUCGGCUCAGGUCAUGAUCCCAGGGUCCUGGGAUCGAGCCCAGCAUCGGGCUCCCCGCUCAGCGCAGAGCCUGCUUCUCCCUCUCCCACUCCCCCUGCUUGUGUUCCUUCUCUCGCUGUGUCUCUCUGUCAAAUAAAUAAAUCUUUAAAAAAAAUAAAAAAAUAAAUAAAGCAAGUGAGACCUGAUCAGCAAUGAUCAAGGCAAAAACAGGGCAGCUGAGCCAGAGAGUGAGAGAAUUGGCAUAUAUCCAAAAAUGAGCCACUGUAUAAUUACUAAUAAUGAUUUGAAUCAAGGAAAAUAAGAGAAUCAGCUAAAUAAGCACAUUUUAUCCAUGGUUACGUGACCGACUUAAAACAUUACACAUAAAUUAUCUUCUAGAGGAUUUUUUAAAAAUAAAAAUACUGUCAGUCCAUUCACUGUUGUUCUUACUUGGCCCUUUGUGUUUAUCAAAAGACUGGAAUUGAAGUAGCCUCAGUGUCACAAAUGGCUUGUAGCUUGACUCUAAGCAGGACUCUUAAAUUCUGUAGCUUUUUGGGUUUUUUAAAACUAUUUCUUACCUGAUUUUGAUAUGCAUUCUUUUCAACUGUUGAGAAGUUUACUGUUAAAAACACCAGCACAGGGCACCUGGGUGGCUCAGGCGGUUAAGUGUUUGGCUCUUGAUUUCAGCUCAGCUUGUGAUCUGAGGGUUAUGAGAUUGAGCCCUGGGUCAGGCUCUGCGCCAGGUGUGGAGCCUGCUUAAGAUUCUCUCUCUCCCUUUCCUCCUUCCCCCCUUCUCUCUCUCUUCCCAUCUCUUAAAACAAACAAACACAUUUUUUUAUGGAAAGAAAGGGUUCUUCCACACUUUGUGCUAAUAAAAUUCAAAGCAGAAUUGAUUCUGUGCAUGUGUUUGGGAAAAAUGAAAAACUCAUGUGCUGUUUUAUCUGGCCCAUAAAUGUGCAGUUCCAUUUUCUUAUAUAAGUAGAUUCUAUCUUAUUUAUAGACCCUAUGUAAAAAUUUGUUUGUCUUAUUUUAAAAUAGUUUAUAUUUUAAAAACAAAAUGUUCUAUUUUUUGUCAUGAAAAUUAUAUAGGCUUGCUGUAGAAAAAUCUUGGAAAUACAGAAACACAGAAAUAGGAAAUUCAGUCACCUGUAGUCCCACUACUUGGAGUUAGUUGUAAACUUCUGGGGUAGAUGCUUCUACUCUCUUUUAUAUCCACUUGUAAUUUUUACAGACAUAUUAUAUAUAAUAUUCUCUUCAUGUAAUAUCUGAUGAACUAGUAUUGUUUUCUACAAUUGAAACAUUAAUAUUCUCACUCAGAACGUAAGUGCAGAUUUUCAUCAUUCUUUUUCUCUCCUGUUUCCCUUUGUGGGUAUUGUUAUUCUUUUAAACUUUAAGAUUUUAUUUAUUUAUUUAUUUGUCAGAGAGAGAGAGCGAGCGAGCACAAGCAGGGGAGCGUAGAGGGAGAAGCAGGGUCCCUGCUGAGCAAGGGCCCUGAUGUUGGGACUUGAUGGGAAUCAUGACCUGAGCUGGAAGCAGACGUUUAACCGACUGAGGCACCCAGGCAUCCCUAUUCUUUUCAACUUUAAAAAUGGCUUUACUUCUUCCUCCAUUUAUCAAAACAGUAAUUUAUAUUUUGUACAUCUGAGUUGCUAAAGCCAUAGAAUAGCCUAUGGUGUUGAAAUGAGCAUUUAAAAAAUGAAAUUAUUCUUCUAUCCUAAGAAAAAUAUUUAAUUCAGAUUGAGGUGGCAUUUCAACUUUUAAGAGGAAAUCUUAAGAAUUUCUAUUGUUUUUGAACUCUGGGGCAAAUAGAUUAAGAUUCUUCCCUUGAAACCAUCUUCAUUUUUUUUCCUACAGAUCCAUGAAAAGUGCAGUUAACCCAUAAAGUGUGCUUUUUCACAUGUGGUUAUGAUGACAGAUUGAAAACUGCCUAAACACAAUUCUACUGAGUCUGUAAAAGUGAGGUCGUGACCAGUAAACAUCAGGGUGUAGAUUUAGUAGCCCUGAGAGGAUAGCUUGUGAGAGAAAUGGACACUGUUUUCAAGGGCAGGUUUAUAUAAUAUCAACAAAUUGAUACGAGUGACCUUAUUUAUCUUCUUAGCCAGCCCUUUGCCUGUUUUCUAAGUUACUAAAACCAAUUAUUAAGGUAGAAGGGGAGGGCACAGGAGGGCAGGUAGGACAACAAAGCAGUUACUGUUACUACAGAAGUCAGAGGAAAUCAGCACAGCCAGAAAGGCUUCGUACAAUGUUGCUUUGAGGCACCCAGAGUGACCUCCACUGACACAAAGGAAUGAGACUGAAAUUUACAGCAAGAGGUAAGUUCCAAGUAGAAGGGGGAGUGGAAGGAGCGUUUGUUAUAAAACAAAUACUUUAUAUACCUAUCUCAUUUAGUCUUUUAGAGCGUGACAGUAGAUUCAGUGACAAGCUAAAAUAGUUUUUCAUUCCUGCUGGAAGAAAUACUAUAAAUGAAUACAGGCAUGUACUUGCUAAGAAAUAGAAAGUAAAAGAUCUAAAUUUCAAAUUAUCUUAGUAUCUUCAGUGAGGUUUAUUGUGUAUUUUGUUAUUUAAGAGGGAAUCAAGCAAUAGUUUCAAAUGAUAUAGUGUUCAUAAUAACUAAAGAAAAUGACUAAAAAGGGUAUUGUAAGAGCAGUAUUAAAAUAAAGAAAUCUUAAGGGGGCGCCUGGGUGGCUCAGUUGGUUAAACCGCUGCCUUCAGCUCAGGUCAUGAUUCCAGAGUCCUGGGAUGGAGCCCCGCAUCGGGCUCCCUGCUCAU